GAAGAUGGAUCAGAAUGAGCGCAGAGGAAGAGGUGGAGGCAGCAGCAGAAGCAGGUGCCUCUGAACCAAACCCGAGCCAUCUCCGCCGCCAACACAGGAUGGCCCAGUGGGGAGCCAUAUUGGCCAUAGUGGCGGCUUUGGGAGGAGCAGCUAUUUUAGCUUCAGUUCAUAAAAUCGACGAGGGCCACACAGGAGUUUAUUACAGAGGGGGGGCGCUCCUGACCACCACCAGUGGCCCUGGCUUCCAUCUGAUGCUCCCAUUCAUCACCACAUACAAGUCUGUGCAAACCACGUUACAGACAGAUGAGGUGAAGAAUGUUCCCUGUGGGACCAGUGGUGGAGUGAUGAUUUACUUUGAUCGUAUAGAAGUGGUCAACUACCUCAUUCCUACAGCAGUCUACGACAUAGUGAGAAACUUCACAGCCGACUAUGACAAAGCUCUGAUCUUCAACAAAGUGCACCAUGAGCUGAACCAGUUCUGCAGCGUUCACUCUCUGCAGGAGGUCUACAUCGGCCUGUUCGAUCAAAUCGAUGAGAAUCUUAAGAGAACGUUACAGGAGGAUCUGACCAACAUGGCGCCUGGACUCAUCAUACAGGCAGUCCGUGUCACCAAACCAAACAUACCAGAGAGCAUUCGCAGGAACUAUGAGCUUAUGGAGAGCGAAAAAACCAAGCUGCUCAUUUCUCAACAAACCCAGAAAGUUGUGGAAAAGGAGGCGGAGACUGAGCGGAUCAAGGCUGUCAUUGAGGCUGAGAAAGUUGCGCAGGUGGCGGAGAUCAAGUUCGGACAAAAGGUGAUGGAAAAGGAAACUGAAAAGAAGAUCUCUGAAAUUGAAGACAGUGCUUUUUUGGCAAGACAAAGGGCCAAAGCAGAUGCGGAGUUUUACACAGCACAGAGAACAGCUGAAGCCAAUAAGUUGAAGUUAACCCCAGAGUACCUGCAGCUGAUGAAGUACAGCUCUAUCGCCUCCAACAGUAAGAUUUACUUUGGGAGCGACAUCCCGCACAUGUUCGUAGACUCUGCGUCAGCGGGCAGCUCAGUCAAAGCCAUGGACAUCUUGGGAGAGCAGCUAAUGGACCUGGAUUAGGCAGGACUUUGGAUCACCUAUGGGACUCUGGACCACCUAAGAGCAGACUAACAGUUUGGUCUUCAAAACCAAGGGUGGAUUAAUAAGCACCGACUUUCUCAGAGGAUUGACUGUAAUGCAUAUGACCAAAGUCUGUUUUGGCUGAGAGGUGGAGUUGCUGGAUUUCACGUGACAACAUUCCAGAUGUCUGUAGAGUUUAAAGGUGCUGUACCUGAUUAAAAACAGAGCUACUUCAUUUUAAACUGUUUGCAGUGGUCCAAAGAUAUUCCACAGUUACCUUAUGCAUUCCGAACAUCCUAAAACCGGGAUGAAUUUACAAGCACUUGUCAAAACUCUCACAGACCAGUGCAGAGUUUUGUCGUGAGAGUAAAGCUAACAGUAACUAGCAUGCUAACGCUCACUUCCAAAUUAUCAGACAAAAAAACACUUUCUAAUUAGAUUUCGACAGCAUGCAGCGGACAUGUAUUGAUCUCAAGCUCCUUAUACUUAUCUGCUCUGGGGUACUGAAAAAUCAGGUACAGGGCCUUUAAUUCAUCUAUUUCAGCUUCCUGUUUCUAGGCAACAUUUCAAGGACAACUAUUCAAAAGAUAAAUAUUUCUUUUGAAUUGUUAAGUGCUAUGGCCGUAUAUUUUCAUCAUUCAGAAACACAUGAAUAAAUUGGGAUUCUAAACAGCCUAAGUUUAAAUGUAUGUGAUUAUGUGGCGUAGUCAGAUUAAACAAAGCAGGCACAAAGUUAAAGGUGCAUUGUGUAACUUUUCUGCUGCAGGGUACACCACCUGCUUGUCUCUUUGGAUGUUAAUUCUUUGCCUACACUGUUCCACUGCAUGGUUUUAAAAUAUCAGUCUCCAUGGAGCCAAACCAGUGACAUCACCAGGACAAGUUACAGCUCGGAUCUGUGGAGAGACAAGCUCACUGACAGUAUGAAUGCAUGUUUUUCCUAGUUAUUUUUAGCACUAAAACACACAUAAUACUAUAAACACUAGACUCUUGUGAGCUUUAAGCCGUGUUAUAAUACUGUUACCUCAUCAAAAAAAUACAUGGAGUUCAAGCUCAAAAUGCUCUGUUCCACCUUGUGAUGUCAUGAAGCGAUAGUUUUCAAGUUAUCAGCUCCUUCGACUUUUUGUUCAGUAGAGAUGGGCAAUUCCAGGGUUGAAAUUACCAAAAUCCAGGGAAUUUUUUUGGAGUCUAAAAAUACAGUGGAGCACUUCCUGAAUUAUCACAUGACAUCACAAGGUGGAACAAAGCGUUUUUUUGUUUGAGAGAAAAACUCCUAAAUAUGCAGGGUUUGUGUGAUAAACGUGUGAAUAAAACAAAACACAACUUCAUGUCUGUUUGUGAUGAGGAAACCACAUUAUAACAUAGAGAAAAGAGAAAAUGGCGUAAUAUGGGCUCUUUAAUGUUUAGUAGAACAUUCCAGCCAAAGCAAUGCAUCUCCAUGGAGACAAGACGGUAGCUGUCCCCUCACCAGAAAUGUUACAUAAUGCACCUUUAUAUAUGUGGUAGCACAAAUGAACUUGAGCAUUAUUAUUUUAUUUGUGUAAAAAAAAAAAACUUACAUAAUUCAGGCACAAAUACAGGAAUGCAGGAAGUGAAAUGAACUAAAUUAAUAUGUAAGUUAAACAAUAAGGUUCAACAAUCAUUUUCUGUUUAGAUAUUUCUUUAAAAAAAAAAAAAAAAAGAUUUGAAAUUGUGAAAGUAUGACAUCAGGAAAUUCCAGAUCAGAAAAUGAAUCUAGCCUAUUGAAACAGGAGGCAAGCUGAAAAUGUACUGUUAAUAUGGACAGAUCACAUGUUUCGGUUCAAGGUUUCCAUUUAAAAUAGUUUGGGUCCUACUUUUUUGUUUCAUUAAGAAUAGGGUUGAACGAUUUGGGAAAAUAUGUAAUUGCGAUUGUUUUGUGACUUCAGGGGAAUUGACAGACUUGAAUGAUGAAAUGACAAACUUAUACAAGAAUCACGUAUAGAACAUAUUCAUACAGUUCUAAAGUACAGAGUUUGCAGUUUCAAACAGAAAAAAAACAGUCAUGGUACUUAAAAAAAUAGCUAAUUGUGUCCAUUCAAACGUAAUCAUUCUGCCCUAAUUAUGACAGUUUAAAGAGGGGCUAUUAUUGCAAAGCUUUCUACCAUACUUUAAUGUUAUUCCCCCCAUCAAAAACGUGCCUGACGAGGUUUCAUAUGUCAUCAGUACAUGUUUGAGUAAUCUAGCGAUCUCUCUCGGGCCCUAUUCAAACCUUAGGAUACAAAACAAUACACUACAAAAAACAGAGAAGUUGUGAAGGAGUUUCAUUAGCGAGAUGCCCACCGAUUGUGUUGUGGUAGUGUUCUGAAGGAGGAGUGACUUAGCCUGGAGAGCAAAAGAAGUGGGGAGUCAGACCAUUAAAAACGAAAAUGAGAUGUUAAUACGUUGAGUUGGGCGAAUAUAGCAAUUUGAAAACAACAAAAGGCAACAUGGUGAUCUAAAUAUGUUAUGUGUUAGCAGGUAAUACCCCGUAGAAAUGUAAUACCCCCUCUUUAAUAGCAUUGUGUAGUUCCAUCUAACUUGCAGUGAUAUAAUUUUGUUUCUUAAUGGACCAGACUUUCAUAUGUUUAUCUUCUGUACUUGUUUAGAAGUAUAGAAGGAGAACUUUUUCAUACCAGGGAAGGUGACAAAGAAAAAGACCAAAAUUUCGCAAGAAAUACUGAGUCAACAACAGGCCAUGAAUGUUCAUUUAAAAGCUAUGGUGACCUUGGACAAUUUUGUAAUGCUGUACUGGUGGUAUGUAGCACUGAUUUUAACUCUUUUUAUUUUUUAAGUGUGGUGAAUUCUAGUUUUAAACAGUUUUAUAUCAGUUAAAGGACCUAUAUUACGCCAUUUUCUGAUCUAUGUUCUAAUGCUGUUUCCUAAUCACAGACAUACCUGGACCUGGAAAACACUUUGUGACGUCAUGUGGUAAUCCAGGAAGCGCUCCGCUGUGUUUUAAAUUUCACAGCCCUGGAAUUGCCAAUUUCUACUGAACUAAAAUGUAAAAAGUAGCUGUUAACUUGAAAACUAUCACUACAUGACAAGGUGGAACACAGCAUUUUGAGCUUUGGAGAUGUAGACAGAAUAAUCAUAGAAUUUCUCAAACAUUUAUGAAUGAAACCAAACACAACUCAGAUUAUGUUUUUAAUGACAACAUACAUACAUUAUAACAUGGCGUAAAACUCACAAGAAUUAAUUUAGCAUAAUAUGGGGCCUUUAAAUUGGUUCAUGAGUUUUUGUUCUUUUUGAUUGCCAUUUUAUCCGUAUUAAUAUUUCUAUUUAUUAAUAUUGGUGGGGGGUUUGAAAGUGGGCGUUGAAACUUCUGGGGCACUUUAUUUAAUUAAUUAUUUGAUUAAAAAUGAAUAUUUGGGGGGAGAAAUUAUAAAACACACUAAACAAAUUAGAUAAUGAACAUGAAAUCUGAUUCUACAGUCCCUGCCUCUGUUUCUCUGCUUUUCUCUCUCUCUCUCUCUCUCUCUCUCUCUCUCUCUCUCUCUCUCUCUCUCUCUCUCCCUCUCCCUCUCUUUCUGCCUCUAUUUCUUUGCUUUUUUCUCUAUCUCUCUCUGCCUCUCUCUUUCUGCCUCUAUUUCUUUGCUUUUCUCUCUCUCUCUCUGUGUCUCUCUGCCACUGUUUCUCUCCCCAUUCUCUCUGCCUCCGUUUCUCUGCUUUGGUCUCUCUCAUUGCUUCUCUCUUUGCCUCUCCCUCUUUCUCUGCCUGUUUCUCUGCUUUUCUCUCUGUGUCUCUCCCUCUCUCUCUGCUAUUCUCUCUCUGUCUCUGUUUCUCUGCUUUUCUCUCUGUCUCUCCCUCUCUCUGCUAUUCUCUCUCUCGCUCUGCCUCUGUUUCUCUGCUUUUCUCUCUGUCUCUCCCUCUCUCUCUGCUAUUCUCUCUCUCUCUCUGCCUCUGUUUCUCUGCUUUUCUCUCUGUCUCUCUCUCUGCUUCUCUCUCUGCCCACCCCCCCUCUCUCUCUGCCUCUGUUUCUCUUCUACCUCUCUCUCUGCUUCUCUCUCCAUCUACCUCUCCCUUUCUCCUGCUGUCUCCCUUUCUCUCUCCCUCUUUGUCUCUUUCUCUCUCUCUGCUUUGACAAUCAGGGCGUGUGUUGUUUUUUUUGGUUAUAAAAGAAAGACUGUGUAUUUGACAUUUUAAAAUCCCAUGUGCAGCGUCAAACCAAGACUAAAAGGACUAAAUAACAAUUAACUAUGUUUAACUUUUUACCAUAUACUUUUACUCUUAAAAUAUUCAGAUUUAGACUCUAAGAGGAGAUAAUUAUAUGUAUGUUGUUUGAAUCACAAACCACUCCUUUUCAAACGAGCAAAUCAGAUGAGGGUUUUUUCUGUUGAUGCAGCAGUUGUUGGUACAAUCCCCAAAGUGAAAGUCCAUUUCUUUGUUGUAUUUAUCUACAUGAUGCCAGAUUGUUUCCAUACGUCUGUUUCAUCACCUGUUUUCUUGCAUUUUGAAAUACUUGUAGCGAAUAUGAAUCACUCUGUUUGGUUAAUACAAUAAAAGAAUGUU